CCAAGCAGCUUACGACGCGCCGAAAAAUCCACGAUAAUCGCCGGAGCUCGUGCAGCGCCUCCGGUGGGAGGAUGCCCGAGAAAGUGGCCUACCGUCUAUUUCCUUUGAGCUUUAUCAUUUGGAUGCUCCAACACUGUAUGUGCGAGACUAAAGGAUAGAAUGGUCUGAGUUUUGUCCAAAUCAUUCAUCAAUCUUUACCAAGUAGCCCCUGUUUUGAAGGUUGCUAUCACUGGAUUCCACUGCACACAAUGAAUCGAUAAUUCCAGCAGCCACUAUUGGUCUACAAUAAUUAGUCCUCCGGAGUCCCACAUAACCGUUAUGACGCAUUCACACUCUCCGUAUCACGUGAGUAUAUGGGCUCAUUUUUGAAACAGUACUGGGGAAAGUUCAGCUAAGCGAGCCGCGGCGGCGCGAAUUGUUUUGAUUAACAGGCCUUGUGAAACCAUGAGAAUGUCACCUAUAGAGUCUAUAUAGCCAAGCUAGCAUAGCAAGCCAAUGAGAGCUACCAAUGCUCAUAGGUCCGAGUGCCAAAGAGCUUAUUUGGACAUCCUGUGGAGCUCAUUGGCAGCGAGAACAAUUUAAGGUUGGACGUGGGGGAAUAUUCCCCGAUGUUGAUGCUUGAGCGCAGGGAGUAGAUCCCGCAACGACCAAUAAAUGAUCAAAGACCACUAAGUUUGCUUGAAAGAGCCAAGGGUUCGCAUCGGUCAACCUUGCCAUCAAGUUCUGAUGAAAAGGAGCGAGUACCGUUAUCUUCGGCUUCACGUUUCGACAGAGUGUGAUACUGGCGAACCUUCCUUGUCCACGGCCUUCAUGCCCUGUAGGGUGUCGAUGAGCCAUACAAUGCUCAAUGCGCAAGUAAAGGUGUGGUAGUUCGGUCUUCAACGGACAAACGUCAUCAGUGGGUUUGCCGCAGCCAGUCCCAACAGACCAUUCGUCGAGUUUCACUCUUGCUCCCGGACGGACGAACCAUUCGCAGGGCGAAUGGACGAGGGUUCUCUUGGGGUGAAGACAAGAUUCCAUGCACCGCGAUUAUCUGAACUAUCCAUUCGCUGCGAGAUAACUCAGGCCUUCAAUCGGGCGGGGCCGAAGAAGCCCAACGCUGCCUUCUCCUGCAUAUUUCUCCGCCAGACCAGAUUCCUAGUCUUGGACAAAGUUCAUCUCCGUACUUAAUAAUUUCAUUCCCGUCAACGAACACCAUCUCAUCAUAAACCACCCAUCAACUGGUUCCAGCUUAUCAGAUGGAACAGUGCCGUCCUCCCUCGAUAGGACAAUAAGCUGACCAAAUACUACCAUCCUUUCAACAGUCGACAUCAUCUGGAAUGGAGAAAGUCGAUGUUGUCUUCAUUCAUUCUGUCUGAACUCCAUCUAUCUCAACGUUCGCUCAUAAUGGCUCCCAUUCUUUCUUCCACGCCGUUGCUGGCCUUGGCCAAUAUUUUGUCUUCGAGCUUCUCGGGUCAAACUUGGCCCCAAAAGAGGGCAGAUGCAACAAAGAUGCCAGCAAAUGUCCUCGACUCUACUGUCUCGACACAGACGGAUGAGCUGCAGAAAGAGAGCGCUCGAGAGCGUCUUAUCAUAAUGAUUCUUGUUGGAACUAUCGUUUUGUCUUUCGUUGCACUACUCGCAUAUUUCAUCCAUCGCAGGUUCAAGUUGGUUGUGGCGCGGAAACUUUUAGACGAUCUUGAGGCUGGACGGAAAGAAGUCACGGAGGCUCGCGCGUUUCGACCACAAGACGAUACUUUGAAGGAGGGCUACUACACACCAUUCGCGGCCGAGGAUGGAAACAUCUAUGUCCGAACACCAGUUUUACAAACGCCAGCCAGGACACAUCGAUCGAAUUCCACCCCAUCCGUUGUUUUGACUCGCAUCAGCGUUGGCACUGUUCCCGGCGUUGAACCUCAUCCUCUUUUCCAUCCGGGCAUCAAGAGAUCCCGAACUCUCCCCACCCAGAAAGCUCCUCAAUAUUCUAAUCGUGCCAUGAGAGGCGCAAUGUCAUAUCCUAAUAUCUAUGACGACCAAGACCAGUCGUUGAAAUCUCAGCCUUCAUCCAUUUCGCUCGGAUCAUACUACCGAGCAGAGUCAAAGCCGAUGACUCCCUUCUCUACCAUGCAAACACGACGACCAGAAACACCUCCUACGGAUGUGGAUACGCCACGAAGGAGUGCACCACCUCCACCGUUGAGUCGAAAGCAGAUACACUCCUUCUGGUCUGUAUCUGAUUCAGCCAGCAACGCUCCGUCUUCACCCAGCCUUCACUCGCCGGGAACAUAUCCAAGAGACUUGGCCCCUCGCCCAGCGCCUACACUAUUCGGUUUUGGACAAGUGCCCUGCGAAGAUCCAGCUACUCCGCAUCCUGGAAAGCCUGUCCCAAUUGGAACUCCAAUCAGACCAAUAUUUUCUAUUGACAAAGAUGGCACACUUCCAGCCUUGUCUUACCCUCUACCCCUUCUGUUACGGAAGUCCUCAUCAACUCUACCUCGAUUACAACUUCCACUGUCACCACCGCUUUCCCCAAGAGCAGUAGCGCCCUCAGCACCGCCGGCCACAUCACCUCUUAGUCAAGCGGAUGAACCACCCACAGCAAAAAUCGAGAGAUGGCUAUCUGGAUCAGGGUCUACUGGAACAGCAUCAAUCAUCGAAUCUGUAUUGAAUUCUAAUCGGAGAUCAAGUGAACCAGACAUCUAUCGGACCGAUUCCCCUCUACGGAGAGAGAAAGUCACACCCAUCAGAUCAAUGAGAAGUUCUCGGAGGAGUUCACAUAGUGGGGAAGAGAUUUUCAUUGGGGCUGCAUUUUAGGCGUUUUGACACGACCUACUAGGGUCACAAAGGAGUUUCGGUUGGCUGCAAAGAAAAGGAUACGAUACCAAGGAACAGGGCAAGGAAAUUGUCACUUAGGAGUUCCGAAAUUUAG